AUGUGGGACAAUACUCCUUUGGGCGUGAGUCCUGUGGACACGAGCAGUGUUCCCAAUACAAUGGCAGUCCAGCACGAGUCUCGGGAGCUCUGCAGCUUGCGCAACCCUUGGCCAGGUGGUCAACAGGACUAUGCGCCUGUCUCAUUCUCUAUCCCGAUGCGAACCCGAAGCCGUUCAAUUCAUCCUCCUCCAGCAGUUGAUCCCACCUACUCUUUAUCUUCAAUAUUGGAUUCAUUUCCAAGCUCUGGCUUUGGUGGUGCGAUUGCCCCUCUUGCUAAGACCGAGAGCAGCCUGGAACCGGGCGAGGUCAGGAGCAUCUCUACGCCUAGUCUAAAUCAUCAUCAAUCUUUUGUCGUUGAGGAGUAUCCAAGGAACAAUCUUGGUUCCAUUGACCCGAGAUACCAAUCUAGAAUCCAGCUCCUCUUCGCCUUGGGGGUCAUCAAUCUUAUGGCUAAGCUGCAGCCGAGAUUCGAGUUUAAAUUCGGCGACAAGAACGGGUCAAGGAUAGGUGCAAGGCUCACGCUUUACGGCCAUACUAUCCUGGUCGAACCGAUCUACGCUACCGUUGAUAGGGCCAGGGUUGAGGGUUGUCGUCUUGCUCUCGAAGAGCUCAAGAAGUACAACCCGACUUGGUUGUUCCCACCCCUGCCCAUGGAUUGUCCCAUUGGGCCGGAGUGGGAUUGGACGAAGCUGUUGGCUGAUUACUGCCAAGAGAGAGAUUUGGGUCCUCCUCUUUACUAUUCACAUGUCCCCAAUUUCUACCAAUGGCACGGCGAGGUAGCUAUCGGUAAUGAGCGCUUCCACGCUACCAGAGAGUACAGCACGGAGCAGGAGGCGCGAAAUAGGGCUGCCCAUAUUGCUCUCCGUGAUUUGAUCCUGGACGAGGUUUCUAAUGACAAUCAAUACAUCCUGCCGGCUGAAUCCCAGUACUUGCCCGAGAUCAAAUCCAAAGGCAAUUCUGGGCAGCUUCGGGGUCGGCGGUUGUCGGCUGAUCCCUCUUCUUCUGAUGAUCGAGGAAGGUACUCGAAUCUGACCUCGCCUACCUGGAGGGGAUCACGUCGCGAAAAGGCAAAAAAUGUUUCGAGAAAGCGUCGAAACCGUGGAGCUCCGCCCCCUCCAGCGAAGAGGAUCAAGCCGGACCCGUUGCCGUCGAGCACCGUGGCAACCUAUCGCCCUAUCCCCGCCGUGAAUGAAGGUCGGAAGAAAUUGCCAUUGAAAAACUCUCAACCCAAGGGUACCAAGGCCAAUUGUGUCCCGGUAGAGAAAAGUCGUUUGUCAGACAUCAAAGUCGAAGAGAAAGUCGACAAUCGACUCGAAACGCUAGAAGCUCUCCAGGAAAGAUUGAAGAAAUUUCCUGGAAAUGCUGCUUAUCUGGAUUUGAUGACUGCUGCCCGGGGGCAGUACACAAUUUCUGCUCUCUUUGACCGAGGCCACCCCUUCCUGAACCGCGCGAGUCCCAUCUUUUUGGCAAAUGUCAAUCAGAUGGGCGCUAAUUCGGCGGAGUCCCUGGGCAUCAUGAAGGUCAUCCUGUAUCUUCUGCGAAUGCUCCGUGAGGAUGCGGGCUUGGACUUCGAUGAUCUCGAAUACAAGAGGGAUCUGAAGUUUCUGAGAGAUCUCGAAAAUGAGGUCGAGCUUCGUUUUGCGCGCUCAAUCUAA